CUUCCCAGGAAAUCCUUACAAAGGUUUAAAAUAAACACAGUCACUUUGGUAUGUUUAUAAUGGAGCAGGUUUCAACUCCUUGGAUGGACUAGAAAAUGGGAAAGGUAAAAAUAUCAACUUUGUAAAUACUUGGCCUUAGGGGCUGACUUCUGUUUCGUGUCUUACAAUCUUUUCCCAGAAAUCAGUUCAGUUUCCUAAAGGAAGGCUCAGUAGCAGAGAGUCAACUCAAAAAAAACAAAAAAAAAAAAAGCAUUGCUGGAGGCAGCAGCCUGGUGGUGAAAGCGUUAACAGGGCUGGGUAAGGCGAUCCCUUCAAAUGAGUAAGACUGAGUUGUUAAAGUUUUCAAAGCAGUAGUAGCAGCAGCGGCCACACUUGGGGGAAAAGGAAGCCGGUUGGAGGGAGCAGCCUGCCCCUGCCGAGCGGAGGAGGGGCCGAGCGGACUCAGCAGAGGCUCCAAGUACAAGCUACUCGUCGGGUCACUCGCCCUCCUGCCAAACCUCUUGGGCUGCGGUGGCGGUCGCUGGAGCCUUGGCACUUGGGAGGGACAACUGACUUCUUCCCAGGAGACUUUUCUAAACUGGAGACUACUUUUCGGACAUCUCAAAGGAAACUUGCUUCUGGAACAAGGGUUGUUUUCAUACCACACACAGGUACACACACACACACACACACACACACACACACACAGACCCCACCUGUACGCUGCUCUAUAUUGGUUUCUACAGGUUGUGACCACAGUGCAGAAUUCCUAUCUGCUUCACUUGAAACUGAAAACAAUUGUCAAAGUAACUAAACAGGCUGCGCGACUUUACCUUGUGGGAGGAAUAUUGUCUCUAAGCCUAAGGCAGGAAUUCUGACGCUCUCAGGAGACGGGCUCUGGCCCCUUGUCCGAGCUGACCCUACCAUGUGGACCCUGCUCCUCCAGAUCGGGACUGGAGUUUGGAAAUAAAAUGGAUGAUUUGACACUGCUUGAUCUUCUGGAGUGCCCUGUGUGCUUUGAAAAGCUCGACGUCACAGCCAAAGUUCUGCCCUGCCAGCACACCUUCUGCAAACCAUGUCUACAGAGGGUUUUCAAGGCCCACAAGGAACUGAGGUGCCCGGAGUGCAGAACCCUGGUGUUUUGCAGCAUCGAGGCGCUGCCGGCCAACCUGCUGCUCGUGCGACUUCUGGAUGGCGUGCGCUCGGGGCCGAGCUCCGGGAGAGGGGGUUCCUUCCGCAGGCCCGGCGGGCUGACCUUGCCGGACGGCAGGAAAAGCAGGACCAACCCCAGAGGUCUGCAGGCCAGCCCUUUCCGGCUGGUGCCCAACAUCAGAAUCCACAUGGAUGGGGUGCCUCGAGCCAAAGCCUUAUGCAACUACAGAGGGCAGAAUCCUGGUGACCUGAGGUUUAACAAGGGAGAUGUGAUCCUCCUCCGGAGACAGAUUGAUGAGAAUUGGUACCAGGGGGAGAUCAAUGGCGUCAGUGGGAUCUUCCCAGCCAGCUCAGUGGAAGUCAUCAAGCAGCUGCCCCCGCCACCCCCACUCUGCAGGGCCCUCUACAACUUCGACCUACGAGACAAGGGCAAGAGUGAGAACCACGAUUGCCUGACCUUCCUCAAGGACGAUAUCAUCACUGUGAUCAGCCGAGUGGAUGAGAACUGGGCAGAAGGCAAGUUAGGGGAUAAAGUAGGCAUCUUCCCUAUCCUGUUUGUAGAGCCAAACCUCACCGCAAGACACCUCCUGGAGAAGAACAAAGGCCGUCAGUCAUCCCGAGCAAAAAAUCUGUCUCUGGUGCCCUCAUCCUCCAGAGGUAACACGCCCACCCUCCGCAGGGGCCCAGGGUCCAGGAGGAAGGGGCCCGGGCAGUUCUCCAUCACAACAGCCUUGAACACUCUCAACCGGAUGGUCCACUCUCCCUCGGGGCGCCAUAUGGUAGAGAUCAGCACCCCCGUGCUCAUCAGCUCCAGCAACCCCUCUGUGAUCAGCCACGCGGAGAAGGCAGACGUCCCUCCCAGCUCUUCAGGGCAGGUCAGCACUUUCCACCCAGUACCUGCCUCCCCAGGACAUUCCAUGGCCAUGGUCAGGGUGCCCGGCUCCCAGCAACACCUCCCAGCCAACAUGUUUGUGGCCCUGCACUCCUACGCAGCCCAUGGGCCUGACGAGCUGGACCUGCACAAGGGAGAAGGCGUCAGGGUCCUGGGGAAGUGCCAGGACGGGUGGCUCAGGGGCAUCUCCCUGGUCACCGGGCGAGCCGGCAUCUUCCCAAGCAACUACGUCAUCCCCAUUUUCAGAAAGACCUCUAGUUUUCCAGAUUCCCGGAGCCCUGGUCUCUAUGCCACAUGGACGUUAUCCACCUCCUCUGUGUCCUCCCAAGGCAGCAUUUCAGAAGGUGAUCCCCGACAAAGCCGUCCCUUCAAAUCCGUCUUUGUGCCCACCGCCAUUGUCAACCCCAUAAAGAGCACAGCCGGCCCCGGGACUAUAGGACAAGGGUCUCUUCGGAAAGGGCGGAGCAGCAUGAGAAAGAAUGGAUCCCUGCAGAGACCCGUCCAGCCAGGGGCUCCCACCCUCGUGCUGGGCUCCCUCAGACGCAGCCCCACCAUGGUCGUGCAGCCUCAGCAGUUCCAAUUCUACCAGCCACACGGGAUCUCCUCCUCCCCAUCGGCGGCAGCGGACAUGGGCCCCAAGCCUGCGCCCACGGGGGAGCCCGCCCUCACGUGCAUCAGCAGGGGCAGCGAUGCCCGGAUCCACUCGGCAACCAGCUCCCUCAUCAUGGAAGGCAAGGACAUCCCCAACAAGAGCGAGCCUCCGCCAAAACCGCCCGCGUCUGCACCACCAUCGAUCCUGGUGAAACCAGAAAACUCAAGAAAUGGCAUUGAAAAGCAAGUCAAAACCGUGAGAUUUCAGAAUUACAGCCCUCCUCCCACCAAACACUACACCUCCCAUCCCACUUCUGGAAAGCCUGAACAGCCAGCCACCCUCAAGGGGUCCCAGCAUGAAGCAUCCUCCUUGGGCCCAGAGAUGACCGUCCUAUUCGCCCAUCGAAGUGGCUGCCACUCCGGACAGCAGACAGACCUCCGGAGAAAGUCAGCUCCUGGCAAGGCCACGACCCUGGUUCCCGCUGCCUCAGCCAUGCAGACCGUGUUUCCCAGCAAAUGAAUCUACAGGUGGCUUUUCCUAGACCCCAAAGAGGUGAAUUGCAUUUAAAUACAGUCUGCCUCCACUAAGGGCAUCCUGCCAUUCUUUGGGGACUUGAGUACGGGUCCUUGUUCUUCCCAUUUUACCUCCAGGAAAACAAAAAGUGGAAGUGGGAAUUCCUGCCCUGGGUGGGAGGAUAGAUGGGGUGUCCUUCCAAACAUAAUGAUUUGAUGUAGCAAAGCCCACUACUCAGACCAAGGAGUGGGGGACUGCUGUGCCCACUUGGUUCCCCAGCAUUGAGCAUGUGGCCUCACCCCCUGUGUUCUGUCUAGAAUUUCCAUGGUGUCCUAACAGGGUGACCAAGGGGGGGAUUGUUGGCAUUGCUUUUUUGACCUUAUCAUAACCUCAGCAAGCAUUUUAACAGCUUCCGCCAUCUUCUGGGGCCUGUGCACUGGCUACUGGCAGCUACCAUAUUUUUUUUCCCCUCUGUAAAGCCAUAAUCUUAGCUGCAAAGGGAGAAUUUCUGGGAGGGGUGUGAGAUGGAUACUUUGAACAUUCUGAGAACCCACCAAAACUAGAGUCAGCUCCCCGAGUUUGCUCCAAACAAGAAUGUCAGAGAGAAAGCUGACUACCAAGUAUCAAAAGAUUGUCAUACUUUAAGCUUCUAGAUCUGUUUUCCCACAUACAGUCCUUACACGAUAGACAAGCAGAAAGCACGUGGCUGUGGGUAGGGCCAUGUAUGGUGUCACUGGCAAUGGAUUCAUGCUGGCUCUAUAGCCUGACUCUCCCAAGAGAACACAACAUGCCUAAAGACAGCCUUGUAUGGGGAUGGAGUCUGGAUGUAAAUUCUGUUUGUGUUGCAACAGCCUUGACUUCCCCUGGUUUCCUCUCAUGGGGGGCAGCUCAGUUGCUUUGCCCACAAGGCAACAAUGUCACAGGAACACGCCAGUCCAAGGCUGGGGUGGGUGCUGCCUAGAGGAAAGCUGCCCUAACAGGGACUGGACAAAGAAGGUUGGAGAGGAAAUGGGAAAACAGAGAAAAAAAAAGAGGGAGAAUGAAGAAAGUAUGGAGGAGAGAAGAGGGUGUGGGAGUAAGAGAGAAAGAUACAGGAUUGAGAGUAUCAGGGAAGGAGAUAAAAGGGGGCAACCUUGCCAUCCUGACAGGUGGUGAAAGAAGGACAGAGUCUGCAAGGGGGAAGGGGGUGAAACUAGGUGACCCCACUAAGAUGGGGCUGGCGUGCUCGGGACCACCCAGGCAGAGCCUUGUAACCGGGUGAGGAGGCGUCCCAGGGAAGCAAGGCAAUGCUGUAUGACAGCCCGUUAAUUCCCAUUAUAUUUAAUUGUUGCGAUUUAACAUUUAGGGCAUGCCCAUCAAUGUGGGCACUUAAACACAUAAAUACUAUUAGGUACUAAGGCUGGGUACCAUUUAAAAGAAGAAAGAAAGAAAGAAAAGGCCUUUCCCCUCAACAGUUCUUGAAGAUACUGGGAUUCAACGUGUACCUUUUCCAUACCCACCCAUACACUUGGCCAAUGGAAUUGUCCACAGGCUUUUCCAGACUUUAAUAAAACAGAACAAAACCAUAAUUCUGCCACAGAAUACUGCCAAUACGUCAGAACUUUGGGGCCAGGAGAGCCAACAUGGUAGCACAUUGUUGCAGCAUUUCUGUGAGCUGUUGACCCACCGGUACUCCACAAAAUCAGCGUCCCCAACUCCAUGCCUCACUGAACUGAAUAUAAGAAUCCAGGUGGAGAAUGGGGAUAAAGUCACAAGGACAGGGAGGCAUCCUAUGAUGUGUCAAAUAUGAGUACCUGCAUCUCAUCUGUACCCCAAAAGCACUCUCGAUGAGUUUAGCAAUGGUCUAGCCGUCUACUCUACACCCAGAGUGGCAGCGAUACGGCAUGACCAGCCAACCAAAUAGUUAGUCUAUGCCUCAGUAGCAAUGAAUCCAGUUAAUUUUUAACUUUUGCGGCUGACAAACAGGUUGCUUGGGUGUGAUGGAGACACGACCACGCCUUCCAAGUGAAAUGGAAUGUUCUUCCCCCUGUCCACUAUCUCUGUGGGAUAACCUCUCUGAGAAAUGUAAACACUCCCAGGCUUGCCGCCCCUGCUGCAUCCAGCCUUUUCUCCUACGCUCAGCUUCAAACUCACUCCCUCCCAAACCAAAUCCCGUCUUUGUGGAGCUUUGUGAGGGUUUAAAAGGGGAAGGGGAUGUUGUUUCCAAGUAAAAAUGAGUUGACUUCA